AAGGGGAGGGGGGCUGCCUCCGCAGUUUGCUGUUCGCUGGGGCCCAGGGACACACAGACAGGCGCGCGCGCGCCCACCGUACACACACACACACACACAGAGAGGGGAGAGCAGGCACGCGCACCAUCUCUCUCCCGCGCGCGCACUCUCUCGCGCACACACAAGAAGUCUGGAGCUCUUGCUGCCUGCUCGCUGGUUGCUGCUUCCUCUAUCUCGCUUGCUGCUGUCGCUGUCGCCAAACCGGGAUCUAUACCUCCUCUGCUUCUCUUUCCUCUCUUUCUCAAAGACCCUUUGCUUUUUGGGAAGGCGCUGGCAUUGGCACUUGCUCCGUCUCCGGUCCUGCUUUGGCUCACUUUCUCCCCAAGCGUGGGAAUUCUACUCAAGGCUUGGUUUUUCUGAUUUAUUUUCUUUUUUGGGAAAGAGCCUGGGCAUCGCUGCGUGGGUCUUUCCUCCUUGUCCAGCCCUUCCAUCCUCGGUGGCUUUUUCCCCAGCCCUCCCAAAGAAAAAAUCCCCCCAAAAUCCGGGCUGAUGCGCUGCGCGAGAGGCUGGAAAUGGAAGUGUUGACGCUUUGGCUUCUCCCUUGGAUAUUAUUUCCGUGCGUUUCGGUGCGAGCGGACUCCAUCAUCCACAUUGGGGCCAUCUUCGAAGGCAACGCGGCCAAGGACGACGAGAUCUUCAAGCAGGCGGUGGCGGACCUGAGCCUCAACGAUGACAUCCUCCAGAGCGAGAAGAUCACCUACACCAUCAAGCUCAUAGAGGCCAACAACCCCUUCCACGCCGUGCAGGAAGCCUGUGAUCUGAUGACCCUGGGGAUAUUAGCCUUAGUGACCUCCACUGGUUGUGCCUCUGCCAACGCCCUGCAAUCCUUGACAGAUGCCAUGCACAUCCCCCACCUCUUUGUACAGCGCAACACGGGCGGUUCCCCACGGACAGCUUGCCACCUAAACCCUAGCCUGGAAGAGGAGGAAUACACGUUAGCAGCCAGGCCGCCUGUUCGCCUCAAUGAUGUGAUGCUGAAGCUAGUAACUGAACUGCGCUGGCAAAAAUUUAUAGUAUUCUAUGACAGCGAUUACGAUAUUCGUGGUCUGCAAGGAUUUCUGGAUCAGGCUUCGAAACUAGGACUUGAUGUAUCAUUACAAAAAGUGGACAGAAACAUCAGCAGGGUUUUUGCCAGCCUUUUUACUACUAUGAAAACAGAAGAGUUGAAUCGCUAUCGAGAUACCUUACGAAGAGCUAUCUUACUUCUGAGUCCAAGGGGAGCACAAACCUUUAUCAAUGAGGCUGUGGAAACCAACCUAGCUUCAAAGGAUAGUCACUGGGUCUAUGUAAAUGAGGAAAUCAGCGACAAUGAAAUUUUAGAACUGGUACACAGUGCUCUUGGGAGAAUGACAGUCAUAAGACAGAUUUUUCCUCUGUCAAGAGAGAACAAUCAAAGAUGCAUGAAGAACAACCACCGAAUAUCAUCACUCCUCUGUGACCCACAAGAAGGUUAUCUCCAGAUGCUUCAGGUCUCAAGCCUCUAUCUCUAUGACAGUGUGCUCAUGUUGGCCAAUGCCUUUCACAGAAAGUUGGAGGACAGGAAAUGGCACAGCAUGGCAAGCUUGAACUGCAUGAGGAAAUCUACCAAACCUUGGAAUGGAGGCCGCUCAAUGCUGGAAAGUAUUAAGAAGGGUCAUAUCACAGGACUCACUGGUGCCAUGGAAUUCAGAGAAGAUGGAGCCAAUCCUUAUGUCCAAUUUGAAAUUCUUGGAACCAGCUACAGUGAAACAUUCGGCAAAGAUGUGCGGAGGUUGGCAACAUGGGACUCUGAGAAAGGACUGAAUGGAAGCCUGCAGGAACGGCGCUUGGGUAGUGACCUACAAGGAUUAACACUGAAAGUGGUGACUGUCUUGGAAGAACCUUUUGUCAUGGUGGCUGAGAAUAUACUUGGGCAACCCAAGCGCUAUAAAGGCUUUUCCAUUGAUGUCCUGGAUGCACUUUCGAAGAAUUUGGGCUUCAAGUAUGAGAUCUACCAAUCUCCGGAUGGCAAGUACGGGCAACAGCUGCACAACAGCUCCUGGAAUGGUAUGAUUGGAGAACUAAUUAACAAGAGAGCAGACCUGGCGAUCUCUGCCAUCACCAUAACUCCAGAACGGGAGAGUGUCGUAGACUUCAGCAAGCGCUAUAUGGAUUAUUCUGUUGGCAUCCUAAUCAGGAAGCCAGAGGAGAAGAUCAACAUCUUUUCUCUCUUUGCUCCUUUCGAUUUUGCGGUGUGGGCUUGCAUUGCAGCUGCUAUUCCUGUUGUUGGUGUCCUAAUCUUUGUCUUAAACCGAAUACAAGCAGUACGAGCUCAAAAUUCUUCCCAUUCCAGUGCCUCCACAUUCUCCACACUACACAGUGCCAUUUGGAUGGUUUAUGGAGCUUUUGUUCAGCAAGGUGGUGAAUCUACAGUCAAUUCUGUGGCAAUGAGAAUUGUGAUGGGAAGUUGGUGGCUGUUCACUCUUAUUGUAUGCUCAUCUUAUACUGCCAACCUCGCAGCAUUUCUCACCGUAAAUAGGAUGGACAAUCCCAUAAGAACUUUUCAGGAUCUUUCCAAACAAAUGGAUGUAUCUUAUGGCACCGUCAGGGAUUCUGCUGUUUAUGAAUACUUUAAAGCCAAAGGAACAAAUCCUUUAGAACAAGACAGCACCUUUGCUGAAUUGUGGAAGACAAUCAGUAAGAAUAAUGGAGCUGAUAACUGUGUGGCAAACCCUUCUGAAGGCAUCAGGAAGGCAAAGAAGGGGAACUAUGCAUUCUUAUGGGAUGUUGCAGUAGUGGAAUAUGCAGCAUUGACAGAUGAUGAAUGUUCUGUGACAGUCAUCGGAAACAGCAUCAGUAGCAAAGGAUAUGGGAUAGCACUCCAGCAUGGCAGUCCAUACAGGGAUCUCUUCUCCCAAAGGAUCUUAGAACUACAAGAAGCAGGAUACUUGGAUGUAUUUAAAGAAAAAUGGUGGCCUCGGAUGGGACGAUGCGACUUGAACAGCCAUACCAAUGCACAGACAGAUGGGAAAGCUUUGAAGCUUCACAGUUUUGCAGGGGUCUUCUGCAUUUUGGCAGUAGGCCUGCUCCUGGCCUGUUUGGUGGCAGCCCUGGAGUUGUGGUGGAGCAGCAACCGUUGUCAUCAAGAAACACCAAAAGAGAUACAGCCUGGGCAGCAGCAGCACUGCAAAUAUCCCCACAUUGCCCCACCAUUGUGCCUCAACUUUGCCAUGGAGAGACCAUCUUUAGGGGAUAAAGAAGUGAACCUGGAGCAGGUCCACAGGCGUAUGAACAGUUUAAUGGAUGAAGACUUAGCUCACAAGCAACUCUCUCCAGCCUCCAUUGAAAUCUCAGCCUUGGAGAUUGGUGGCAUGCCGCCCAGUCAGACCCUAGAACCCGUCCGUGAAUAUCAGAACACACAACUUUCUGUCACCUCAUUUUUACCAGAACAGACAACUCACGGGGCCAGUAGGACACUCACAGGUGCCUCUGGUAGCAACCUGCCACUGCCUCUUAGCAGUUCAGCCACCAUGCCCUCUAUACAGUGUAAACACAGAUCACCAAAUGGAGGACUAUUUCGUCAGAGCCCGGUGAAAACCCCCAUCCCAAUGUCAUUUCAGUCUGUGCCAGGUGGGGUCAUUCCAGAAGUCAUGGAGCCAUCCCAUGGAACAUCCAUAUAAUGAAAUCAACCAGCAAAGAUUUUUAAUACAAUUAAAAAAAACUCUUACAUUUUUCUUGUACAUACCUGUAAAUAAUGAAAGAAUGAAGUGGGGUAAAAAGUGUAUUUUGAAUAUUCCCAAUUUUCAAAGUCAGUAAAAAACAAACAAACAAAAAAAUACAAAAAAAGAAAAGACAAAAUGUAUGAAUGACUUUGUAAAUUUUGUUCUCUAUGAAUAAAAAAGGCAAAAUACUUGUGACCAUUCUCAAGUGCCAAAGAAGACCUGUUACUGGGACUGAGGGCAGUAAACAAUGUAUCUGGAUUUUAACUAGUAUGCCGCGUUUUUGGGUUCUAAUUUUCUACAUUGGAAGCAGAGAAAAAUGUUUAUUUCCUGGUGAAAAACAAAAAAACACUCCAUUCUGUUCACUUCUGUGGCCUGGAUUCUGUAAUGUGCUCAUAGUUACAGUUUUCCCAGAAAUUUUAACAGAAGGUAGCCUCAGAAAAAGCUUGAAAUGCCACUAAAUUUGAGCAUAUAAUAAGUUAAGAAUACAGGACUACUUUUGUUGCUGCAGAAAGGAAUAUUCACCCUACAUUGUGUUGUGAGUACAUCCUGUUUUGACCAAUUUCUUGUAUUGUUUCCUUCUUCAUGUUGAGGCCCGAAUCUACAGAUCUGAUCCCACAAGCACAGGGUGACAUGCUGACCCCAUUUCAAAAUGCAUAUAUACCAAUCAGGUACUUGGGAGACACAAGCAAAAUCUGGAACUCAGCUCCCCUUCAUGAAAAGCUGAUGAGCUCUAUCGCCAGUUCCAUAUACUGGACACCGUGUAUACGCCCGCUGGAGCUGCCUCAGAGCGUGGGGAGAAGUACGCACCAAGUAUCUGUUUCAACACAUAUUCCCUCAAACAACUAAGGUGGAAGGUCUUUGAAAGCAGACUGGAGUGGGUUGCUACAUGAAAGUAUAUGAAGUGGCUGCAAGUUGUAGGCAACACAUUUAAGCAAAAUGUGGGUUUCCCUCCACGUUUUUGUUUUUAGAAAGGCUUAUCUGUGUGUCUCUGUUGCAUAUGAAAAAUCCCAAGACAUGAGAUAGGUCUGAAGCUAACUGAAUAAAAGACCAAUGAAGCUUCA